AUGUUUCGUGCAACACCUGCACGACUCUUGCCAAGCGAUGGUUUCGAUCGCCAGGCCAACGCCUACUUCAACACUCUCGCUACCGUCGCCAUCGCGCUCUCCAUCUCGUCGCCCUUGCAAUCUCCCCUCCUAUCCCAUCGCCCACUUCAUCUCCGUUCGCUCACGUCCUCCCCUCCCCUUAAUAUCGCGCUCACAUUCCUCCCUCCCCACGCCAUCGCGCUCUCGUUCCUCCCUCCCCACGCCAUCACGCUCUCGUUCCUCACUCCCCACGCCAUCGCGCUCACGUUCCUCCCUCCCCACGCCAUCGCGCUCUCGUUCCUCCCUCCCCACGCCAUCGCGCUCUCGUUCCUCACUCCCCACGCCAUCGCGCUCACGUUCCUCCCUCCCCACGCCAUCGCGCUCUCGUUCCUCACUCCCCACGCCAUCGCGCUCUCGUUCCUCCCUCCCCACGUCAUCGCGCUCACGUUCCUCACACCCCACGUCAUCGCGCUCACAUUCCUCCCUCCCUACGCCAUCGCGCUCACGUUUGCCUCCUCUUCCCUCCCAUCCUGUUGUAGCGAUAUCUCUCCCUAUUGCAGUCGUUCUAUCUGA